AUGCCGAGGAAGAAGAGGUGUGCUUGGCCCAGCGUCACCCCCAGCUACAUCACCAUCGGCUCCAUCCGCUACGGCGUGCGCUUCGCGGCGGGCAACGGCGUGGCGCCGCUGGCGGAGGCGGCGGGGGCGGCGCCCGCGGUCGACCCCGCCGCCACGCGCGCGCCCGGCGCCCCCCGCGUCGGGGACCGAGGCGCCGCCACAAACCGCAACCGCCGACCGAACCCAGGAAGAGCCGCCCGCCCGCCCGCCCGCCCCCGCCCGCCUCUCUCUCCACCGCCGCCUCCCCCCGUGCUCGCCCCCCCGCGACGCCGCCUCCACGACCAAACACGCGGCGGCGGCGCGGUGGUGGCGGCGGCGCGACUGCUGCUGCGGCGUCGUCAUUUCCUGAGCCCCUCCUGGAUCCCGCUCCGCCGGCCGCGCCCGAAAGACCACUGCGGCCGCUAUAAUAGACGCGGUAUCUUUAGCUCGCAUAUUAAAUAG